CAAACAUAACGUACCUUUUUACCAAACAAACAAACAGUAAACACAAACAUAACACACUAGUAAGGAAGGUUAAAAGUGACACAUAAUAAACUGAUCCAUCUGAACAGUGUUCUUUAAUUUGUUGUUGUGACAUUGCAAGGAAUUUAUUACAAUUUUGUAACUAGGCUUAUAAGUCUUUAGGUUGUUAAUUGUUUAUUGGUAUAAUGUGAAAACCUAAGCCUAGCUUAAUAUAGCCUAUGGUUGGGGAACAUGAGUUCAAGUUCAAACAUCUCACUCCAAACUGAAAUUUUGUACCCAUUCAUUUUGUACUAAUGCUGUGAGUUUUGUUACGAUUGCCAGUUUUUCAUGUUAUAAAUAAAACGCAUUAAUAAUAUAGAUAUCUGAAGCAAUGGAGUCACAACAUGAAGAUCUUUCAACCCCCGAUAAAAUUAGAGAAGCUUAUGAUUCUUUAACCAAAGAAGAAGAAGAAGUUAAGAAAGAGUUGGACAUGCUUUUAUCUCGUCAUUGUCAGUUGGAUGCCAAAGUAAGAGGAAUCACUAAAGUCUUGCCUAAUCUUCAGGUAAUACAUUCAGAUGCAUUACAGCUCUCUGAAAUGAUAACUUUCAUUUCUACUUUAGCAGAGAACGUCAGUGCCAAAGUUCGACAGUUGGACAAUGCACGGAGCCGAGUUUCCGAGUGUCAACAGAGAGUGCAUGACUUGUUAGACCUUCAGCUGUGUUCGGACGGAGUUACUGCAGCUCUGUCUGGUGACGACUAUGAGAAGGCAUCAGCUCAUGUCCAUCGUUUCCUCACCAUGGACCAGAGCUUGUUAGAACAGACGGCAGACGACAUGCAGCAAGAUUGUGCAACUGUCAGCAACUCCUUGUCUCUGCUGCGCAAUGCUGCAGGUCAGCUGCAGAAUAUCAUCACUCUGCGGUUCAAUGAAGCUGUAGCCGCAGAUGAUCUGGCUUCGGUUGAACGGUUCUUCAAACUGUUUCCGCUGUUGAACAUGCAUGACUACGGUUUGGAGAGGUUCUCUGCCUUUUUAUGCUCAAAGCUGGAAGCAACAUCACUUAAAAACCUAAGAAGUGCGCAGAAGACUAGUUCGUCAGAUAAGAGGGCUAAUGUGAUCUACGCAGACACUCUAAUGUUGCUGUUUGAAGAAAUUGCUCGAGUUGUGGAGAUACAUCAACCACUUGUGGAAACGUACUAUGGUUUCGGGAAGUUGUUCAAAGUAGUGUCCGCUCUACAACAAGAAUGUGACAAGCAAAGUAAACUUAUCAUCAUGGAGUUUUCCAAGCAAAGACUUCUUGAGCGUCGAGUGUCAAUGAUCAAUGAGAUAGAGCGCAGCACAAGUCAGAUGAAUGCUUCUGGAGUCGUCGAUCCGAAGGAGAUUGAUUUGCUGCUCGGAGAAAUCACCAUUAUGCACUCCAGAUAUCAUCUGUAUCUACGUUUUGUUAGGAGGAGAGUUACUAAUGACCUGGAGGUUGGUGUUCCUGAUGUGUCGGAGAGAUCCGACAAGCAAGAAAAGUUAGACAAGAUGAUUCACAACAGUGAGCUGUGCCGUCGCAUGCAGGAGCUACUGGGAGUCUACCUACAGCUAGAGAGGUUUUACAUGCUGCAGAGUGUUGACAAAGCAGUUGCUAUGGACACUGUUGAGGCUGGAUCCACCAUGUCCAGUAUGGUUGAUGAUGUAUUCUUCAUUGUAAGGAAAUGUAUCAGGCGGGCAGCCUCCACAGGGAACCUGGACGGAGUGUGCGCAGUGAUCAACAACGCCUGUGCUGCGCUUGAAACUGAAGUGUGUCCUGCGCUCAAGCAGCAACUCAGGCUAGGCUACCCCAGUGGCUACCUGGACCUGACACAGGCUUACAACGUGGUCAUGCAGGGCCGACUGCAGCCCUCCGACUCAGAACACGCUAGGAACACGUUUCUGGUGUACCUGAACAAUGCUGAUGUCAGUUGUGAAUAUGUCACUACAUUGUGCAAAGGCUUGUGUCAAGAGAUCCCAGUGGCUUCAGAUCAAGAGAGAGCUAAACUAGACAGCUGUCUUGCAGGGCUUGGAACUGUGACAGCAUCUAUGGGUGCCAUAGUGGACCUUGGCCUGCAGCAACUGAGGGUGUCGGCAAUCAAACCUCGAAUUGCGCCUUGGGUGGAUACAUUCCUCACUCUUAGUCAUCACCUUACCGAGGAAGAGUUCUCUAGCUACGAAGCGAAUGAACCAUUUGUUAGAAGUCUCAUAGCCAAUCUUGAUGGUUUACUGUCAGAGUUCAAAAACAAACUGACUCCUACAAAUUUUGACGCUUUGGUGGGAAUACUAGUCACUGAAGUUACAGGCCAGAUGGAAAAAGUGGUUUCAAAGUCAGAGUUUAAUCGGCUGGGAGGUCUAGCACUGGACAAGGAAGUACGAUCGCUGGUGAGUUACUUGAACAGUGCGACGUCUUGGUCGGUGCGUGACAAGUUUGCACGACUGACGCAGAUUGCGACGGUACUCAAUCUUGAGAAGGCGUCGGAGAUCACAGAUUACUGGGGCUCCGAGGCCGGCUCACUCCCAUGGCGUCUCACCGCCAAUGAGGUUCGACAGUUCAUGGCUUUGAGGACUGAUUUCCGCAGUGAAGAUAUAAGAAGAUUGAAAUUGUAAAUAAUGUGUAAGUAAUUAAAUAUACUGCAAUAAAU